GGGUGGGUCAGGGCAGUAGGAUUGAGUGUGGUAGUGGGUGCAGUGAGGAGGAGGAAGAGGAGGGAGGAGGGAGGAGGCGGAGACAUUAAGAUGCACAUGGACUGCAACCGCAAGCUCAUUCAUCGCGACAUCCAGGCGGCCAACGUGCUCCGGGACGAGAACGACGAGGCCGUUAUUGCUGACUUUGGUCAGGCCAAGGAGAUGGACGUGCAUGAGAGCCACGCGUCCAGGGUUGUCAAGGGAACCAUUGGACACAUUGCGCCAAAGUACUUUGUGUCGGGGCAGUGCUCUGAGAAGACGGACGUGUAUGCCUUUGGGGUCUUCCUGCUAGAGCUCGUUUCGGGCAAGGACGUGUUUGAGCUCACUCUGCCGCCCGAAGCCGAGGAGCUGUUGCUGCGUGACUGGAUCGCCAACAUGCUGCGUGACGGCAAGAUUCAUGAAUUCGUGGACAACGACCUCACCAAGCCGGGCUACGACGAGGCUGACGUGGCAAAGGUGCUCCAGGUGGCACUACUCUGCAUGAAGCAUGACGCAGUGGACCGCCCGACCAUGGAUGAGGUGGCAAAGAUGCUCUCCGGGAAGGCCCUGGCUGACAAGUGGGAGAAUUGGCAGGAGGAGGCAGCGAAGAUGUCUGGGGAGGAUGUCAUGGCUGUGGUCAACACGCCUGCGAUUUGGGAGAAUUCCACCACGGGUAUCUCGCUGGAUGCGUUCAACCUCUCCGGACCUCGUUAGGAGGGUUCGACGUGUGUGUGGGCUGGGUGAUGCUGAGGUAUUGCCUGACACCAAACCAAAGGUUGCUUCAUCUUUCUUGUGAACAAGGGAAC